AUGCCACCGAAAGGAACAAAAAGUCCUCGCACAAAAAGUCCAAAAAGUGCUAAACCAGGAGGAGCAACUUGGGAAUCAUUGUUAAGUUCAGUUUCAGUUAAUCAAGAUAAUUGGAUAACAUUUGUUUGCUUUCUUACACCUGACUGUUCUGUUAAUCAAAUUUAUGUUGAUCUUAUUGAAAAAGCCAUGCAACAUGGCGUUCGACGACGAUUUGAUUUUAUUUCUAAACGUGAUCUUCUUGAAGCUAUUAAAACAUUGGGUAAAGCAUCAAAAAAUGCCACUAAAAGCGUUUCAACAAAUCCAACUGUUGCCAGUCUUACUAAUUCACCUUUUCUUGCUGCUUAUGAAUAUGCUAAAUCAAUAUUAGAUACAGGUGGAGAUAUUGAUGAUCAAUUAUGGGCAAAAUUAAUCAAAUGUCGAAUAAAUGAUCUUAAAAAAGAAGUGCAAAAUCGAACACUACUUAAAAUAUCAUCGACACCAGCAACUAGUAUGACAACUAAAACUGAAAAACCAAAAUCACCAGGUGGAAAAAAAUCUCCUAAGCCAGCUGGUGCUGCUAAAAAACAAACACCUGGUUUACAAUCAUCUGCAGCUGAUACACAUAUUGAAAAAUCAACAGGUGUUAAAACACGUGAUCAAAUUACUAAUGAAACAAAAUAUAUCGAUGAUGAACCAAAUGAUGGACCUAAUCAAUAUAUAUUUUUAAGUGGCUUUUAUUCAACUGAUCUUUUAAAUGCUCUUGAUAAUGCUGGAAUUCAUAUUGAUACAAUAACAAAUAUAUCAUGUGAUAGUUUGAAUGAAACAAAACGUUUAUUUGAUGAAAUGAUUCAACGAGAUCGACAAGAACAAACACUUAAAGCUGAUAUACUUAAAGACAUACUGACUCCUGAACAAAUUGCUCAACAAAAUGAACGAAAUGAUCAAAUACUAAAUAACUUCUGGAAAACUCUAAUGCCAAUAUUAGAUAAUGCACCAGAUCGAUCAAUGUUACAAGAUAUUAUUGUAACGACUUUAAAAGUUUCAAAUAAUGAUGUGCCUGAUUCAUGGACUAAUACGGAACAAAGAAUUAAAUUAGCUCAAUCACUUUAUAAUAGUAUCGUUGAAAAUAGUUUUCGCUUAAAUGUUCGUAAACGACAAUUUAAUACGUUUAAUCAACAAAUGAAAGUUGUGACAAUACCUACUGUUGAAGAAAAAACAAUUGAAUCAGUAUCUGAUGCAAAAAUUUAUAAUGAAAUAACGACAAUUAUUCCACCUGAAUCAAUAAGUGUAUCACUUAUUUUACAUGGAAUUCUUGAACAGGUUGAAGCUCAAACUGCUAAUGUUAAUAAAAAUAUAUCGAGUCAACAAGAUGAUGUUGGACGAUAUUUACGUGAAAAAUUAAUGAGUCUUUCGAUAGGAAAAGACCAGCAAAAAGAAAUUGAAAAUCUUGUUCCAAAAUCUCCAUUUUCAAAAGCUACUGGAUCAGGUCCAAUAAUGAUUUAUUAUGGUGAUGAUUUAAAACAACGUUUAGCAACAUUAAAUCGUUUAGCUAUACUUGAUCCAAUUAAAGUAGAACAUGAUUUCAUAAUGUCACAUUCACGUCUUACUAAUCUUCCUGAAUUAUCAUCGAAAAAAGUUGAUGAUUUAGAAUCCAGAGAACGUCAAGCACGUCUUAAUCAAUUUUUACAAUUUUGUACCGAUGAAGAACUUCUUCUAUCAGAUGUUGAUCAUAUCCUAAAACAACUUGUUUUUGAAUGUAUGCCAAUAAAUCUAACAACAACAACAGAAAAUCCUAGUGAACAACAAACAAGUCGUCCAUCAUCUGCUGAAUGUAAUAAUCAUGAAGAUGAACAAUUACGUUUUGAAAGACGUUUAUCAACUUUAAUUGAUGAAGAAAAUAAACAAUCAAGUAAUACACAACCAAUUAUAUGGGAUGAUCCAUUUGAAUUAUUAAUAACUAAUGAACAAACAGGAAGAAUUGGAAUUUCAGCUGAUACACUUGCACCAAGUCCAACAAGUCGAUCUUCAAGAGGAUCUAUUUUACGAAUGCGAACUCAAUCACCAAAACGAGCAGUCUAUACUGUUCGUUUUGAUGUUAAUAAUCCAGACAAUAAUCUUUAUCAACAAAUGUCUCAUCUGAUGCCACCAGUUGGAGGUGCAAAUGUCGAUGGAACAAUUCAAAAUAUUACUCAAUAUCAUAAACGAAAUUUAAAUGAUUGGAAUUUUGCUGAACAUUUUGAACCUGAUGUAUUUGCACAAGUAUGUAUCUAA